GGAUUUACCCAGUUUACUGAAAACAACGCGGAAAUAAAUUCAAUCCAAAGAAAAGUGACGCAUUACACAUUUAUGAUAGUUUAUCUCAUCAUUGUUGUUAUGUAACAAUAUAUUCGGUACAGGUUACACCAGUAAAAAGGCACCAUGUCUACAGCGGAAGUUAGGGUCGUUGCCUUGCGUUCACCAAAUUGGAAAGAACAAAGUCAUUUUAACUUCAGUAUCGAAAUCGUGCCAAAGAAAAAAGCCGAUUCCGUAGUAAAGGAAAGGCAAACAGAAGAGUAUGACGUAGAUGACUGUAUUGUUCCACCAAUGUCUCCCGAUAUUGAACUGCCUUUGGAUAAGGACAAGAAAUGCCAGGUUAAAUUCGCCAUCGAAGGCGGUCUCAAGCCAGCUGCAGACAUGCAUGAUGGCGAAUAUAUGAUAGUGUAUUCAGAUGAAGGAAAAACAGAUGCCCGAAAAAUCCUGUUUUUAAUUCCAAACAAUGUUUCGGACAAUGCCAGCAUUGUUUUCAAAGUAGGAGACACGUUCAAACACGAGAUAAGCAUUGUUGAUGUCCCGUGUCAAACAGAAACAGUUUCUCCUGGACUGGUUGCGGUGAGCAUCUCUGGUGGCGCCAUCUCAGGUGCGAGCAGUAAUGAACCAUCCAAUGGCGAGAAUAUGAUGUUUCGCUAUACUGUUAAAAAUGAAAUCAAAGCCCCCUACUUCAAUCACUCCGAAGACGUAUUUAUCGUAGACAAAAAACCACUUGUUUUCUACAUGAAUACUGCUUGUAAAAAAUACCCGGAUGAAUUUACAACCUACUCGGCUACCUACUUCCCAAAACUUGGCUACUUUAUUGACUCAAUAAACGGUUUGGCCGGCGACUGGGGUACUGAUAAGUCAUAUUGGAGAAUACUAAACUUCAGUCAACCUCUGUCUGUCGGGAUGAGUUCAUAUGUUCCCAGACCGGGCAAUAACAUCGUAUUUAACUUCACCAUAUAUGAAAAAGGGAACUGUACUGACCAUGAAGCAACGACAGAGACUCCUUCCAACAUGAGCUCCAAUGCGCAAGUCGUUACUUCGACUCAGAAGUUCAGAUACACAGUCCGCAACGACACGGUUAAAUCCUGCUGUCCACCUUCCGUCCGCCUGGGAAUUGAAGACAAACAGCCGCUGAUUUACUAUAUGGAGAAGGCAUGCGACAAAUACCCCAAGAAAUUCAAAAAAUUCUCCGUGUCCUACAAGCAAUCUUUAAAUGGUUACGUCGUUGUUGCGAUUAAUGAAGUCAUUGGAAAUCGGGACGAGAAGACAAUCUGGCGCAUUCUGAACGCGACAGGCCGGGUCGACUUAGAUGAGAUCAAAUAAGAAACAAAACAGUCUGCAUUUUCUCAAAAACACUUUAGUAAUUACUCACUAACAUGUAAAGUCAGUUCAUCAUAGAACUUUACAGCCUUAAAUGGUUUUAAAUUUUAAAUGUUUUAACGCUGUAAGGAUCAUAAUUACUCAUAUGUUAUCUUGAAUUAUGGUCAAAAAGUCGGAAACAGUUAUUUUAGAGCAUUGCCAAGCAUUUUACUAGAGUAAUUACUCAAAUAGUUUCAGUGUACCCAACGUUUUUUAAACUUUUUAUUGAUCUUUCAGGGGCGUGUGCCAAAAAACAAUAAACAAGAGACACAAACGUAUAAACACCAAUACAAAAAAGUCAGAUACAACAAACAGGCCACACACUCUAAUCAAAAUAAAUUUGCCUAUGAAUGACGAGAUUACCGUCUUGGAACAUCUCUCGUUAAUUCCGCUAACACAGUAUAUUCAAUCGAUUUUACUUGAGUGGUACAAUUAUCUGUAAUAAUUUCCAUUUUCAUUGAUAGGUGUUAGCAGUUACGUCCCCACUCCUGACGAUGAAAUCACCUUACGAUUUGAAAACCUAGACAAAUCAACUGUUGCUGCCAUACAUUGUAAUUCAUUUUCCUACGACAAUGGUCCAAAUAUUGAAAUAAGGGACGAUGAAGAAUUACGCGAUGAAAAUCAAAAACUUGUCUUAAAACUAUAAUCGAUUUUAGUGUUUGGGGAUCAGCUCUAGGGUAGUAUUCGAUAUGCAACUUGAUUUAAUCUUAU